CAAUAGGCUAUUUUCUUUCUUAGAGGACGUAAAAAGCUUACCAUGAAGAGGAUAUGAUGUGAAUCAGCCUAGGGGCAGAUUGGUGGGCAAUUUCCUCUCCAGAAUUAACCGACAUGGUAGUACAUACGUGUCAAUCAAGUGAAGGAUAACCUAAGAUGCUUUCCCCUCCGUUACUCUUACAUCUACGCUUUUGCUCCUCUUGGAUUAGGCUUUUCUCAAAACUACCAUGUCUGAACAACUCAUUGAAGAGACUCUCCGAUACGGUCCUCACUCUCUCCAGACUAUAACCGUCGCUAGCGUCCCAAAUGGACCUUUAACUGGCCUCUGGGUAGUUCUCAUCCACGGCGGCGCUUGGCGUGACCCAGCUCAAACCGCCGGUUCCUUCCUCCGCCCCGCUGCAUCCAUCCUCAAGUCCAAUCCCACCUACGGCACCGUAUUCUCACGAAUUGCUGGUUUCGCGUCCAUCAGCUACAGACUCAGUGCUCAUCCAAAUCACCCACAAGACCCCCAGACCACGGAUGCGCACGAACUCCGCAAUGUCAAACAUCCGGAUCACAUCCGCGACGUACAAGCGGCGCUGAGGCUUCUGCAGAGCACCUACGGCUUUGGGGAGAGAUAUCUUCUUGCGGGACAUAGUUGUGGAGCUACCUUAGCGUUUCAAUGUGUGAUGGACGAGUUCCAUAAUGAUAGAGAUAGUUUCGCUCAGCCGAUGGCAAUCCUGGGAACCGAGGGCAUCUAUGAUGUGAAACUUUUGCGAGAUACCCAUAAGCAUAUUACUGCGUACCAGGAGUUCUCCGAGGGCGCUUUUGGCUCUGAUGAAUCCGUCUGGGAUGCCGCUUCUCCCGCCGCAAAAGGAGAAGAUGGUUUGUCUGGUGUCGAGCGUGGUUGGGAGUCUGGGUUAGUGGCUAUAGUCGCGCAUUCGGAAGAGGACAGCUUGGUUGAUAGGGGUCAAGCAAGUGCGAUGACGAAUGCCCUUUACCGCUGGGAAGCGCAGGAGCCGUCGACUCGGCGUGUCGUUUGGCUACAGCUGAGGGGCGAGCAUGAUGAGCCGUGGGAGAAGGGCGACGAACUGGCAAGGGCAGUUACUGCCACGAUCCAGGAAUUAUCUCGUAAUGUGAUAGCGUAGCCGA